UAUUUUUUUUACCUAAGAAAAGUCCCCCUUGUGUAAUGUAAUGUGCCAAAAAUGAAAUUGACGUAUGAGGGCCUAAACAAAAACUAAAUCUCCUCAGUUUACCGAGGUGGUGGCUGAGGAGAGGAGAGAGAAAAAUGGCGGGCGCAAUAACAGUAGCUUCUUCAGCAGACGCCCAAACUCCAUUUCUUCUCCUCGAAGAAGAAGAAACUGUUGAUGGUGCUCUUGAUUACAAAGGCAACCCUGCAAUUCGAUCCAAACAUGGUCGUUGGAAAUCCGCUUCUUUCAUAAUUGGGGUUGAAGUUGCAGAAAGAAUAGCAUAUUAUGGGAUUACAUCAAAUUUAAUAAGCUAUUUAACUGGACCUUUGGGUCAAUCAACUGCUAGUGCCGCAGCAAAUGUGAAUGCUUGGAGUGGAUUUGCGUCUCUUUUCCCUGUUAUUGGUGCAAUUAUUGCUGAUUCUUUUCUGGGUCGUUAUCGUACCAUUAUUGUGUCUUCCUUUAUUUACAUCUUGGGGCUGGCCUUGUUAACUCUUUCAGCUGUUUUGCCUUUCUGCAAGAAGACUACAAAUGGCAUGUUAUGUGAUUCACUUUCUUUCCAAACAAUGUCAAUAUUUUUCUCUCUAUAUCUUGUGGCUGUUGGGCAAUCUGGUCAUAAGCCUUGUGUCCAAGCUUUUGGAGCAGACCAGUUCGAUGGACAAGAUCCCCAAGAGAGCAAAGCCAAAAGCUCAUUCUUCAAUUGGUGGUACAUGGGCAUGUGUCUUGGUCCAUUGCUCGUAAUCUCCGUCUUAAACUACGUUCAGGAUAAUGUUGGCUGGGGCCUUGGAUUUGGAAUUCCUUGCAUCAUUAUGACGCUUGCUCUGCUAAUAUUUUUGCUUGGGAGUCCAACCUAUAGGCAUAUCGUUACAGGUGAAGACCGGAGUGCAUUUGUGAGGAUUGGAAGAGUGCUUUCUGCGGCAGCAAUGAAUUGGCAUAUAAAGCAGUCAACAAUUGAUGUUGAAGAGGAAGCUCAGGGAUUCUGUCCUAGCCAGGGCUCUGAACAGUUUCGGUUCUUGGACAAAGCUCUGUUUGCACCUAGUAGUUCCGAUGAUUAUGGUAAAGCCUGUUGCAAGAGUGAGGUCGAAGAGGCAAAGGCAGUACUGAGACUGUUCCCUAUAUGGGCAACCAGCAUUGUAUAUGCUAUCGUCUUUUCACAAUCCUCAACUUUUUUCACCAAACAAGGUCUUACCAUGGAUAGAUCAUUAGGCCCUAACUUUUCGAUUCCUCCUGCUUCAUUACAGUCCUUUAUAAGCCUCUCUGUUGUCCUCUUCAUUCCCAUCUAUGACCGUAUCUUAGUUCCAAUAUCAAGAACUUUUACCGGGAAACCUGCUGGAAUAGCAAUGCUACAAAGGAUUGGAAUCGGGAUGUUAAUCUCAGCAAUCUCAAUGAUUAUUGCAGCUAUAGUUGAGAAGAAACGCCUUGAAACCGCAUUAGAAUAUGGGCUGAUCGAUAUACCAAAUGCAACGGUCCCAAUGAGUGUAUGGUGGCUGGUUCCACAGUACGUACUGUUUGGUGUUUCAGAUGUUUUUACUAUGGUUGGGUUGCAAGAAUUUUUCUAUGACCAAGUUCCUACAGAAUUACGAAGUGUAGGUCUUUCGCUCUAUUUGAGCGUUUUCGGGGUGGGGAGCCUUUUGAGCAGCUUGUUGAUAUCCGUCAUCGACAAAGUGACUGGCAGCAAUGGCCAAGACAGUUGGUUUUCGAGCAACCUUAACCGCGGUCAUCUUGAUUAUUUUUACUGCCUGCUCGCUGCUAUUAGUGCCAUUGAAAUUACUCUUUUUGUGUAUUUUGCAAAGUGCUACAUAUAUAAUAAAAAAAAUGGUCUAUAACUUGACAGUAGAAAAUCCAAAGUUUAGAAUCCCUCACUUCCUUGUUUAAUCGUGUAGCCUCUUAUACUUGAAAACAUAUAGAUCUUUCAAAUUGUGUAAAUAUCUCAAUUUCAAAUUACUCAGUUUGGAAAAUAUAUCAUUAUUCUUAUAUGCACACAAUGCGUGUCAA